GAUAAAGUUCGUCUCCACGUUGGAAGUGGUAGAAACUACAUUGUGUCGAGUCAGACACCGUAUCUGCUUAAAGAAGAAAAACCUUAUUUCAAUAGGCGAAUCGAAUAUUUUUUCAAUCCUAAUUGAAACAAAGACGCCUAUCGAUUGAGGAAGUAAAGUUAUUUUGUUUGUUUGAUACUAUUAUUUUAUAAAGUCUCAAGAAAAGUUUCCACAUCGGACAUCAGGAGUUGUCCUCCGAGUUGAAAUUCGAAAACUACUUGUCCGAGGACUGUAAAAAGAUAGGGGACAUCAGAUUGCAAUUUAUCACUCCAUAUUGUUUAUUGUAAUUUCGACCUUUGAUGUUUGGAUUUUUAUUCCAGCUAUUAUAUUCGCGAUAAAGGCCCGUCAAUUGAUGCCCACCAAGAUGGAAGCUACAUUAUAUGACGAAUCUAUAAAUGGUCAGCAAGGCGCAGUGGGCGGAUAUCAUGGGUUUAACCCGAAAACCCUGAAGCAGAGCAUGACACUGAACCUCAACGACCCUAAAAUGUUUAAACCUCAUCUGCGGGCGAAAGCUAUCGACAUCCUGACAUCCCCUGAUGUGGGAUUAUUAAAACUGGCUUCCCCUGAAUUGGAAAGGCUUAUCAUCCAGUCCUGCAAUGGUCUGACGACUCCGACCCCAACUCAGUUCCUCUGUCCCAAGAACAUCACCGACGAGCAAGAGGGUUUUGCCGAGGGAUUCGUAAAGGCGCUCGCGGAGCUUCAUUAUCAACAGCAUAUGCCCAAUGGCAGCUCUGACGCUCAAGCCAAUGCUGCCAACAACAUGGCACCCUCAUCUACUGUGUCGGACAGUCCUAUACCCUACAGCUGCACCGUGCGCCCCGACCCACCUGAAUACACAAACUUGGGCACUUUCAGUCGGGCUGUCAGCUCUGCGUCGGCACUUAACGGCGACCGACACUCCUCCGCUAGUUACACGGCCGUCCCGUCCCAAACCCACGUCGAGCCCCAGCGGCCACCCCAGCAUCCACGGCUACAGCAUGCUCGGCUACAGUCAUUCAAAGAGGAGCCCCAGACGGUGCCCGAGAUGAGCGGCGAUACCCCUCCGCUGUCUCCUAUCGACAUGGAGAGCCAGGAGCGGAUAAAAGCCGAGAGAAAGCGCUUGAGAAACAGGGUGGCCGCGUCCAAAUGCCGGAAAAGGAAGCUGGAGAGGAUCUCGAGGCUGGAGGACAGGGUCAAAAACUUGAAGACCCAACACACAGAGUUGGUCUCCUCUGCCAACGUGCUCCGGGACGAACUGGCACUGCUCAAACAGAAGGUCAUGGACCACGUUAACAGCGGGUGCCAACUCAUAUUGACGCAGCAGCUCCAGGCGUUCUGAACGGCCAAAUACUGCGCUUUGAGCGAGAGACAUUUCAUUGUGGGACCAAACGCAGCUCCUAGAGGCGUGAUACAUUACUUCGUCUUUGCGCCUGACAGAGUGGGGACAAUAUAAACUUAUUCGUGGAAUAAUUAGGCUAGUGGUGGCCAAGGCCAACAAACAGUGCCAGUGCCUGUUGUCCUAUGAAUUGUCUAGUAUGUAAAUAGUCCAAGUCUAGCACUGAGUUUUCUCACCAGCAACAAGUUGUACAAUGUAACACUAUAUGAGACAUUGCGUUAUUGACACACCUUGUGAAAGGACUGACUCACAGGUGUGUGUAGGCUAGGCUACUAGGACUGAUACAACUUCCUUACUUUCUUAACAUUUACACAUUAAUACCAUUUUGUGAAAGGGGUAUAAUAAAUGUUAGAUCUGAAUUAAUACUUUAUCAUAACUGUUUUUAUGCGAAAUGUAUGUAUAAACGACAAAAUAUAACGUGGAAUAAAACUUCUCAUUAAGGAUAUUGUCGCGGUUAUAAUUAUUCAGAAUGGGGGUUUCAAUGUCGUUUUAUUGACAGGGAAAUAGGUCAAUAGUUCAGCCUAGGAUGAACAGUGAAUUAAUUCAAUGUUUGUUGACAGUGAAAUAUGGACAGACAGACCAUUGAGUCACUUCUGUGUAGUGUAAUCGCUUGGUAGUGGACCGUACUCCUCGACAAACGAUUGGACGACAUCGUGUCGGAAAUGAGUAGCAAGCAAGCCAAAUAUGGCAAGAGAGCUUUGUGAGCAGCUACCUUGUCUAUGACGGGUGGGUGUUGGAGACACUCUUUUCACGGCACUUUGAUACCAGUUACUUUUUCGUUGCAGGUUAGGUGAAUUAACGUAGCAGGUUAAGGUUAGGAAAAGAGGUAGGAUUCGCGAAAGUGUGCCUAAAAUACGGUGUUCUGUUGAAAAUGCUGGUCGGUAGUAGACCUAGUAGUCGUACCAAAGAUGGUGGAAAAAUUAAGAUAGUUCACGCAGGCCGUUUACCAUUGAAAAAAAAAUGGGAGCAUUAUUAAUUGAUUUUUUUUGUAGGCAGAAACUCCGCUAUGGUUCGUUGAACAAAGCCUACGGAAAAAGUGAGUUUUUUUGGAUAAACGCUUAAAAUAAGGUGGGGUAAACACAGGUUUAGGGGAGCUUAUACAUUUUGUUCUAUGAGAUCUUCAUCAGCUAACGUGGCUUUUUUUUACACUGAAGCUUUUAUGUAAGACCAAACUCACAUAAAAGGCUUCAUCGUUCAUAAAGGUCAUGUUAACUAUUCUUUCUCCAUUAAUUUUGCCCAAGGCUGAACAACCAGAGGUAAAUCAUUCGUUUUUUAGGUCUACAAGCUCUAUAGCAGCUGUGUCCGGCCUACUUAGUUAAUUGAACCGAAGAAAACAAGAGUGGGGUGUCGCACUUCCUCUUCAGUCUCUGGACAUACCAGUGGUGGUGUUUUACAGAGCUCAAGUGCACAUGAGUAAUGAGGGGGAACAUUCUACACACCUAUUCCCAAAGAUGACACAUUUCUAUUCCACCAUAGAAAUAGAUACACUAUUUCAUUAAUAGAAGUUACAACGGAAGAUUACUUAGUAAUCUAUUUUAAUUGAAGAUUAAAAAUGGGCAAAUUAUGAACGUAAUAGGAAAAAAUGUAUUCAAUAAAACUUGUGUUAACAGAAGUGUAA